AUGGAUGAAAAUAAUCUAUUCAUCCCAUGUCAAUAUAACUUUUUUAAACAAUUGCUUAAUUUAGAAGGGAAAUUCAAACCAUUGAACAUAUUCAAUUUACACAUUACCAUAACAUAUGAUAUAAGUUGUGGUGAAUCAAAUGCCAUAGAAAUGGUUAAUUUAGCUUUACAACGUGAUAUUUCUAAAAUGAAGUUAAAUAUUUUAGGUUAUAGUGAUAUAAGAUUUAUGAAACUUGAAAAAUUGUCAAUUAAACAUGAAGGCUAUUUAGAGUUGGACUGUCGUAUUACUGAUGCCUAUGUUUGCGAUUAUAAUUAUUAUCCAAUUAUCUGGCGUACAAAAAAUCAAACAUUCUAUCGGCGUAAAAUAUUACACGAAAGAAUUUAUAUGAAUGAAGCUUGUGAAUUAAUCAUACUUGAUGUAAGACUAGAUGAUUCGGAUGUGUACAGUUGUUAUACAAGAGGUAUACGUCAACCGAAUAAAUGGCAUCCUCAGCCGAAAUUAUCCUAUGCAUUAAAAAUUCAAAAAUCUCAUUAUAAAUGGCCUGGAGAAAAUGAUAUAUUAAUUGGUUUAAUAUUUCUUAUUAUAUGGAGCAUAUUUAUUAUUAAUAUAUGGUUAAAAAUAAUGAUUUAUAAUCUACAUAUUACACAUGAAUCAAAAAUAGUAGCAAAUGAACGAAUGAGAAAUACUGAACGAUUAGAACGUAUUAAAAAGGAAAGAUUUAAAAAUUACUCGUCAGUUUAG